AUGAAGCGAGGCAAAGGUUUAAAAGGACAGAUCAGGGGUGAGGUAUCAAACUGGGAGCCGUCAAAAAUUUUAUCAAAGAUUUUAGCGGAUCUUGACUUAACCUAUGAAAGUGAUAUCGGCAUGCUCAAUGGAAAGUCUAUUCGCAACAUGCCCUCUUUAGACUCGCUACUUAGCUUUCAGCAGCAUUUAGAAGAGUUAGAAAAAAGCUUCGAUAAAAUUCACGAAAGUGAUUUAGAUGUUAUAAGGACGAUCACUAGCUUGAUUGAAAAGCGUCACGAAGCCGCCAAACAAAAAGAAACAGAGAGGAGGCCAGGUGACACGUCGUCGAAAAACCAUUCGUUAGAAGAAGAACAAGAAAUACCGACACGGCCGGGGAACAGGAAGCGCUCUCUCUUAUUAGACGAGGACGAAGAUGAGGAACAUAAUUCUACUGAGCACCGUGACGGUAUUCAGGAGACCCACUCAAGAUACCAAAAGCAGUCUAAAUCAGAAGUGGAUAGAAUAGAGAACGACCCUGCUGUCAAAAAUCCAAAAUCCGAAUUUGUCGUUUCUCAAACACUACCGGCAGCGGCAAUGACCCUAGGCUUAUUCUCGGAGCAAGGUUUGGAAAGCACUGGCGAGGAAUUUUUUAAGCAAAAAUUUGGGGUAGCGAGCUAUCCCACCAGCGACCUGAAAGAACUUAUGCCAGGAGAAAUUCCAGAUAUGGACUUUUCGAGACCUAAACCAGCUAACCAGAUUCAAUUCAAUACCUUUCUCGCUUCGAUUGAUGGAUUUUUUAGGGAAUUUACGGAAGAAGACGUGAAAUUUUUGAAAGCCAAAUUUUUAAUUCCGCCUAACUUGCUUAUUGAGAGAGCCUAUGAUCCUGAGGUGACACCUUACGUCAUACCAAAACUUGGAACUCUUUACACGGAUACUUGGGCGAAGGAAGACAGCAAUCAAAACAUAGGGAAUGUGUCACCACCGCCGGUCAGCCAUCGCUCAAGUAUACUCCCCAAAAAGUCCGGCAGUGAUAUAUGCGAUGAACUACUCGAUACCGAGGAAAUUUCAUGCGGGCCCCUCGUGUCCAGAGUUUUAUCAGCUAUCCUUAAAGAUGAAACAAACGAAACCGAAAAUAUAGAUAUUAAGGCUGAGAGAUCGAGUCAAACCGCUGACGACUUAGCAGCUGUUCCUCCCAGUUCUGCGCUCACCCUGAACACAUCACAUGGUGAAUUGGACGAAAUCCGGAAUUUAUCUUCUGCUUCUACGAGUGCACUGCCCCAACAGCAAGGCUGGAAAGUUAGCAGUAUCAAUCUAGAUUAUCCAACCUUUGAGGAGCGCUUGAAACGCGAAUUAAAGUACGUGGGUAUUUACAUGAACUUGCCCCGUGAUGAUGGAUUAGGCAACGGUGGUGAUCCUGAUUGGCUUAACGGGAGGGAGGAUGACGAGAUAAGCACAGAAUUACGGGAACUGCAAAGCGAGCUCAGACAUGUAGUGAGAAAAAAUUCACAAAGAAAAGCAGCUUUGAUUCCGUUAGUGACACAACGUCUUGCAUGGCAGGAAUACUCAUCAAUAUUGGAUGAUUUGGAUAAGCAAGUCGAUCAAGCUUACAUAAAGCGCAUAAGGGUACCAAAGAACAAAAGGAAGAAGCAACAGUCUAGUUCAGUUUUGGCUGCGUCGACAUCUCAAGCUGCUAUUCAGGCAGCUCACCAACAGGCAGCCAGCUCGAGUCUAAAAUCUUUGUUGGACAAACGGAGAAGAUGGAUAGGUAAAAUAGGGCCUCUUUUCGAUAAACCCGAAGUGAUGCUUCGCUUGCCUCGUGAGCGAGUCUUCAAGGAUGUCGAUCAAGAUGAUGAGGAAGAGGAAGGAGAUGUCUUUGGUAAUAGUGGAAAUAGUAAAGAUGACGAUCUGGAAGAUAGUCUGCAAAACAAGGAAUAG